AUGACAGCCUCAACCUCUAGAGCUCUGGCAUGUGCAUGUUAUAUCUCAGGGAGUGGAUUGACAAGAAGCAGACGAGGCGGGUCAGUUGUCUGUAUGGUGACUUCCCUGACCAAUUUUUCCACCUGGGAUAUUCAUGAGGGCGUUAUGACCUGGACAAGCCCAGAGCAGCCAGCCAGUAUCAUUCUGUUGACUACCCUCCCUGAGAUGCACAUGGCCGUCACUGUAGAUAUAGAAUCAACUAUCAAACUGUGGGACUGUCAGAGCAGGGAAGCUCUGGCAACUAAUGGCCUGUUCUCUCCCUGUCAAUCACUGAAAGCUGUCAUUACCAAGGAUGGCCCAAUUGUCUUGGCAGGAGACACAUCUGGUAACUUCUACAUCUUUAGGAUUCCCGACUUAAACCAAAUUUCCAAACUCAAAGUAUUCCCAUAUGCUAUUGAUGAACUCCACUGCUCUCCUCAGAAUAAAUGGAUAUUUUUGAGUAACAGUAUGAUAAAUAUUUUGCCAAAGGUGUUUUACAUGAGGAGCCUUCUGAGGACAUCAGAAUUCUCUGCCCCUGUGUCUACUGUUCUCAAAUUUUCCUUCUGCCGAAGAGCCUUCUGGACCCCAAGAAGGGAAGACAGGAUAACCCUGAUGUCCCAAAGUAGUUAUUCCCAUAUCAUAGUGUUUGGCACAUUUGAUAUGAAGCUGGAAGAGAAUGGGAACCAAAUAAUUGUUGCAGGUAAACCUUAG